UGAACGGUAAAAAUAUCUAUAAUCCAUUGCAAAGAUUUUUAUUUAAUUGUUCAUCAUCCACUUGUACAACGAAGCUCAAGAUGCCGAUGAGCAAUCAUACCCCUUUGGAAGAUAUGUCAGCUGGUCGAGGGCAAGGUGGUGGAGGGCCUCCUCAAAAUUGUUUAAAAGUUUAUAUUCAAAGGGAUUAUAGCGAAGGAACUAUGGUUAAAUUUCAAACGAGAUUUCCUUCAGAACUUGGUGAUAGAUUGGACAGACAAUCUUUUGAAUAUACAAUCAAUCAACUUAAUAAUUAUUUUGCCGAAGCUGAACGAGCUAGUUGUUCAACAUACUGCGAAGGUUGCUUAGCAUGUCUUACUGGUUAUCUCAUAUACAUUUGUACAGAGACACAUUAUGAGAAAUGCUUACGUAAAAUUGCCAAAUUCGUGAGUGAACAGAACGAUAGAGUUUACAGGCCACGUGGUUUAUUACUGACUGACCCAACAACGCGUGGUUUAAGAUUAAUAGAAAUAUCGGUGCUUGAUAGGCCAGCAUCGUGACUGCAUGUUAGCCGAUCUACUGAGAUCUUCAUGUGACCUUUGUGCAUCUGCUAUUGUUUAAAACGUAAAGAAAAAUCCAUACAUUUACAUUUACAAAUGUGUGGUGUCUUCCCUUUAUAAAUUAUCACACGCAUUGUGAUCCAAAAUAUUUGAUAUUUAUGUGAAGUUUCGAAGUUUAAUAAUGUGCAUUAGAGAACUGAAAGAAAUUGAUCCUGUUAAUUAUGUUAUCGUUCAUUUUUCAUUAUAAAUGGUGGCCAUUUUAUUUAAAUAUUAAAGGUA